GCUGAGUAGACCGGGGCAGACUUUUCCUCACCGCCACCACCAGUGCCACUGCGUAAUCAGGCAGGUCCAGGGCUGAGGCGCACACAGCGCUUUGCUUAUUGAUAAGACUUCUUGGAAGACGAGGACCGCGAACUACCAUCCUGACCUGCGACGUUAUCCAGACGCUCAGCCUUUGAUACCACGGUUAAAGAAAAGAGACUUGACUUCGGGGAAAAGAGAAGUGGAUUUUUAAUUAAUAUAUCUUAAAGAAAUCGUGAACUCCCUGGAAUAAUCUGAACUUUGAGUCUCAUGGGCCGUUUUGCCUUAUGAAAUCUGGACCUUUAUUGUUCGGAAAUGUUAAGUCUUUUUCAGUUAAAUUUAUUUCUAUCCACUCUGGUUGUUGGCCCGAAAACGCACUUGUGGACAAGGUGAACCAAACAGAAGGGACGCGCCCGAGCUAAAACGUGGAGGUGUCUUACUUAUCCAACAGGAAGGAGCUGGGUACAAGUUGGGUGACCGAACGCCAGCGCUUUGUUAUUCUUCUCCUCCUCUGGAUAUCUGCAGAAGCAACCGUGAGGAUAGCCCGUUUACGCGCACGCAGCUCCGCAGGGCGAGCCGCUGUCAGCCCGCGCGCACCGCUGAGGAGAGACGGACUCUCGCGCUUCCAUAAAUGCCCGGUCCGUCGAAGAGGCUCGAGGCUGGGUAGCAAGAUGAGCUUGUGGGUGCAGCUGCUGGGGGGGGUGCUGGCGGCGUGUCUGCGGUCUGGCGCAGCCGAGGGUGACCCUCUGCCUGCAGCCCUGGUGGAGCUGGUUAGAAACAGCCCCAUCUCGUCCAUAGAGGACCUGCAGCUGCUGUUGCUCACUGACUCCGUAGAUGAGGAGGACGAGACUUCUGCAGCCAACGGAGGCCACAGACUACCAAGGAGCCUUAAUGCCCAGCCGGCCCAGCAGGCUCUGUGUAAAGUCCGUACUGAGGUGGUUGAGGUCACCAGGGCGAUGCUGGACCGUAGCAACGCUAACUUCCUGUUAUGGCCGCCCUGUGUCGAGGUGCAGCGCUGCUCCGGAUGCUGCAACACCAAGACCCUGCAGUGUGUCCCUGUUCUCACACACACCAGAUACUUGCAGGUCAUGAAGAUUGAAUACAUAAAUAAAAGACCCACUUACGCUAAAGCAGUGGUCUCAGUGGUGGAUCACGUGGAGUGCCGGUGUCAGCUCGCUCCACGUGUCCCAGUGCCCAAGAAAAAAUCAUCUCGCAGGCAGCACAGCCACCAGCAUCGAAACCAGACCCUCAGCCAAGGAGUCGCACAGACGCAGGGACAGGCCAAGGUGCACUCCAAGGAUGAGCUCCAUCAGUGGGACGAGCUGAAGCAGAUCCAGAGGGCCCACCUGGAGGAUGUCCUGGAUCAGCACUGGAGCUCCAGAGGAGACACCUUCCCUGAGGAUGGGGAUGGGUACAGUCUGGCUGGGGAGGACACAUCUCAGUCUGAAGGGGCUGUUCUCCUGGCCCCGCACUGGGCACAUAACUCCACCAGGCUCCAUGGGACUCGAGACCAAAAUGAGAACGUGGACAGGAAGGUCCACGGGAGGAUCUCAGAUGGCAACAAAACUGUUUCCUCAGUGGAUGAUGUUGGUGUUGAGGUAAAGAACAAGUUGGUGGAAGCUGGAGAUGGGUUGCUGCUCAGCACCACUGAGAGGGAAGUUAAUGAGAGAAACAGGGGUGAGGGUGAAGGCACACAGACACACAACCCAUUAUGGCCAGAAGACAAAUCUAAAUUUUCAAAGAGCCAUACGAAUGGUAGUUCUCAGCCUGUUACCCAGAAUCCUCAAGCCAAAUUCAGCCCUGCUGAGGAAACUCUUAGGUUGAGACCUGGGAGCUAUCGGCCUACCAAGGAGCCAAAUCCAGAGCCACGAGAUCCAGCGAGACGGAGAGACAACGAGACACCAGAGGAGCAGAUAUUAGAGAUGGAGGAGGCAAAACUGGAAGAGGAGAGAAAAGAGCUGCUCCUCCUCCACAAGAGGUUGGACCAGGAGAAGGAGAUACUGAGACAGCAGCAACUGAAACGAGAAGAGGAGGAAAGGCAGAAAGAGAAGGAGACGGACAGUCGGCAUGGGAAACAUCCUCAUCGUCUGAAAACGACAACACAGACACCAGAGACAACAUCUACAACCACCACGCGAAAGCCAUCGGCUCAAGCAGGCGCCAGACCCCCAGCACGUCCAAACCAAAAAAAGAAAAGGAUGAGGAAGAAUCGCAAACAGAUCAGCAAGGCAGCUAUGAGAGCAAUGCUGAUGUAGACCUGAAAUAAAUGCAGGGACACACAGUGGAUUUUGUGGAUAAGUCAGAGGUGAAGCAAAGCGACUCCCUUCAUAGAAGUAUUUAUUCACUUGUCAAUAACCUGCUCGUGCUGUCAGACCUCCUCAGUAACACUACUAAUGACUGCCUGGUGAAACUGUAUCUACACCUGAGAAGAUGGAGGAAGGGAUGGAAAUAAAUGAUAGACCUUUUUUUUUUUUUUUAAACUUGCCUCGACAGCGUCAGUUGCUGGUAUGAAUGAAGUGGCACUCGGAGACAAAUUGUGCGCAGUCACAGUACAUCUGGAGGACUGGAACUGCAACGCUGUACAACUGUGGAGAAUAGUGCAAUUUCAAAACUCGACCUGGAUCCUUGUUUUGAUAUCAACAGAGGAAAACUGCACUUGUAUCAACUUGAUUUAGUAAUAACAGCAGUCAGACUGGACUACGGAGUGAAUUUAGUAGAAAAAUGGACAUGACUCUUGUGCCAUAAAAGGAUCUGUUCUAUUGUAAUUAGAUGAUCUUAGAGACGACCAUCAAUAGAUCGCAACAACAACUAAUGGCGACUCAAAUGACUCAUUUUCCGUGUGUGACUAACUCACUGACUGUGCUGGGAAGAUAAACCAUACCAAAGCCUGAUAUCAUUUAUUAGCUUGUUAAAACAGUGAUGGUCUUUCUUUUUUUUAAACCAUAUUUAAUUGGAUUUAACUCAUUACAAACACUGGAACUAAACAGAUGUCACAAGACAAGAUGUUUUAUGCUUGAUCACAGGUGUAAGGUGCUAUCUGAAUGUGAGGUGAUAGCAUCAUACCUGUGUCCUGACUGUGUGCUAUGGUUUUAUUUAUUUAUCUUUACCAUUACUGUGGAGUAAUUCUCUAUACAAAUACUGCAAACAAGGUGCCGGUGGAGAUUCUGUCUGUCAUGAUGGCUGGGUGGUUCAAACUAUGACCUCCCAGUAUCGUACAGUGUCAAAAAGGUGUUUGCAUGUGUGUUGUGCAGUGUGUGUGUGUUUGUGUGUGUGUGUGUGUGUGUAUGGGCUUGUGUCUACACUCACACUCCUGUCAUGCAUCUCACAUGUUAAAUGUGUUUCUCUCUGUGAUAGAUCGCACUCUUCCACCAAUCACAUUCCUUAAAACACGGGGAGGACGAGAAAGAAACACCUGCAUAUUACAUAUAGCAUUUUAUUUAACUGCCCCUGUAUUUGUUUAAUUAAUCUUCAACACGUAAAUUUUGGACUUUCAUUAACAGGGAACUAAAUGGGUCAAAACAAGUCCUGGGCGCCUUCCUAGGGAGGUGUUCCGGGCAUGUCCCACCGGGAGGAGGCCCCGGGGAAGACCCAG